AUGUCCUCUACCAAUACAGAGAGCACCGAGAACAGUACCAGGUUCAACAGCAGGCAACAGUGGGCAACACGCAGCCGCUUGCAUACUAGCUCCAGCGUUCCGACAUACCAAACUUUCCUCGAGCGCCUGCAGAACCUAGAUACUGGCACACUGGCUCCCGGAUCAGCCUGUCCUAUAUGCCGCAUUCCUUUCACAGAAUUGCAAGCCCACUUCAAUAAUAAAGGAUCGGAACACCAACAACUCCUCGCCCUGGAGACCUUACCGUUUCACAAUGACACCGGUAUCGCUCAAUUUGACAGGCCUGUCCGGUUACCAUGCACUGCACAGCACGUCGUAGGCAGAGUCUGCAUAAUGAGCUGGGCAAGCGAAGGCAGGGGCACGACCUGCCCACUGGAUCGAGAGGAGCUCUUCACCAUCGGCUCAGAAGAGACAAACAAGAUCACAAAUGACGAAGACCGCUUCAGAAGCGGCGUGCGCCAUAUCUCCCAGAUGACCAUCCGCCAUCUGCUCCAGCGUUUCCGCAACGUCACUGAGAGCGACAUGGUGACAGUGAACGCACGUUCCAUGACAACGCGCCUCGCAACGCUGAUAUUUCGCACAGUCUUCCAGUCAUACAGCAUUAGUGAGGCUGUCACCGCGCGAUGGAAGUGGCCGCGCAUCCGGCGACCGCUGUAUAACCAAGAAGCUCAAAACUUUCAACACAUCGUCAAGCACUUCAUCAAGACAGAGCCACUGACAGAUUCGGGACAAUAUCCAGCGCACAUCAUUACCCUGCUCAAUCCAGCACUACCACACGUCUUCGCGCUGCUGUACCGUCUGGCUCGGUUCUUCCAAGCCCAAACCAUACCUCUCUGUGACUUAGCAUACACCAUGCGAGAGCAUCUUAAGGGAUUCUUCUCCGACUUCUCCUACACCAUCACCGCUGAAAAGGCCCUGAAGGCUAUCACCUUCAAAACGAUAGAUCUUUGGGUGACGCAGGAGCUUCUCAUGACCGAGCUAAGGACUGCGACUAAUCAGGCGAAUGAGUGGGACGAUACUAUGGCGCGGGGUGUUCGAUAUGGUGACUCAGCCCAUGUCACGCUCUUCGAGACGCGCUGGGUUCGAAAACAGGGUAUCACGGAGCAGACGUAG